UAGGUCAUAAGGUUGACUGUUGCUUUUGUUUCUGUAAACAAAAGCUUGUUUUGCUUCAGACAACCUUGAGCCUGCCUGUAAUCAGAAUGUAACUUUAUGUUCCUUGACGUUGUAAACCCCUGACUCAUGUGGCGGGCUGUGUUUGGGAAUCCCGAGUCCUGGGUGUAGACCUGGCACUAGUAUCUGAAUAAAAAAAGCCUCUAGCCUCUUUUUUGUUGAAAAUUUAUUAAUGGCCAGACUGGUGAAUCUCUGAAUGACCUUAGACCCAUAAUAGCACCUAAGACGGUGUUUACAGCUUUGCACACAUACUGUCAAGAGAUACCACAGAAGUCUCACCCGAACCAAUAACAUUAGCCCCAUUCUAAAACGUGGAAACCGAAAUAAAGAAGCUAGGCAAACUUCGGUCACAUGUAACAGAAUCUACCCCCAGGAUGCCUAAGUUUACCAUGACCUGGGGUCCUCAGUCUAAAAAUCACAGCAAUUCUUAAUUACAGCCUGAAGGCAACUGUAUAAAUGCUGAGGGAGGCAUGUGGGUCUAGGCCUGGAUCCCUUGGGUCUGUGGGAGGAGGCCGAGUCUGAACUCGUGGAUCUAAGCGAGGAGGGUGAGGAGCUGAGGGAAGAGGGCUGGUGCCUGGACCCCUGAGUCUGAGGGAGGAGGCCUGUUGUCUAGACCCAUAGGUUCAAGCAAGAGCUGGGGGUUGGAGAGCUGGGUCCUGGCCUGGUCCCCUGAUCUAAAUGAGUGACAGUUCUAUCUAGGUGGGAGGAUAUUCGAGGCUGCCCAAUGGCAGCUGCUUGCAUCCCGCUAGCCCCGCCCCAGAGCUGCAUGCUUCCAUGGGCCUUGCCGGUUCUUCUUUUGCCCCUCCCCUUCCUGUUAAAGCCCCAGAAGGAUCUAGAAAAGAUUUCAGACGCGUUGAGAAGAUGGAAGAGCGAAAAGAUAAGGCUUCGUGCAAUAGGGACAACCUUUCCCUGCCGUUAGCCGGGAAUGAGGCAUGGCCUGAUCCAGCCACCCCAGCCCUGCCACCCUCACUUCUGAGCACCCUAGACCCAGCCCACCUGGGGCUCCCUGAGCAACUGGCUUCUGUCACUGUCCCCAUCCGCCUGGACACUCUGUCCUACCUCCUACAUAGUGCCCUCCUGGGGACCUACAGCUUCCAACAGUCCUUACCCCCUUGCUCCUGCUCUGCUCAGCCAUGCCACAUGGCACCAGACACAGUCAGGAGGCCUCCCAGGAGAUGGGACCAGGCCCGUGGGGGCUGUGAGAUUGAGCGCAGGCCUUCCCGGGGCAGGGGUAGGGGCCGGGGCCAGUCACGAUGGGGCCCUGGGAGAGCCAAAGAGCUGGAGAGGAGCAUGGCAAGAGGUCCUGGGGCUGGCCCCAAGGCCCAACCAGCGACACCACCAUCGCAGGAGGAGCAGAAGGAAGCUGGAGGACUGGAGCCACCCCUGCCUCCAGCACCUUUGUCUGAAGACUGGGAGACAGACUACUAGGACCCCGAAGAGCACCCAGUACUUGGCCGCCCAGGGCUUCCCAGAGCUUACAGUGUUCUUAAUCCUUCAGAGGUACCCUCAAGAAAUAUCAUCUCUACAACCUCCCCGGUCUCCAAACCACAGCCUCUGAAGGCGUCCUGCAGAUCAUCUUGUAAAGCCUAAACCUGACUUAGCAACCCAACCCCAGCUACUACCCCAGCCUAUUCUCAAUGGCCCAGGCUGCCCCAACCCCAUUUCCAGACCAAAUCAUCACCGCAAAGCCCUUCCUCUCUCCAUUCCACAGUCAACCCAUUUCCCCAUCCUUCCCCACACCCCUCUUGACCUUCAGUUCUGACCCAUGUUCAUUCCUAGUUUGUUCAUUUGCUGUUUUUUUCAGUACUAGUCUCCUGAAUGGCAGCCAAACACUGAACUAAACUGCAAUCCUCUUUUAUUUUUAUCUUGAGAAAGGGUCUCACCAAGUGUCCAAGCUGGCCUUGAACUUGUGAUCCUCCUGUCUCAGCCUUCCAAGUCCCCUCUUCCUGGUCCUCAUUUCAUAUUCUCCUCAUCUCAUACCACCUUCAUAUUCACCUUCAUGUUACACCAUCCUCAACCCCAGCCGCAGCCGCGUCCCAGCCCAGCUCUGACAAGCCCUCCCUCCUACCCCACAAGGGACCCUUUGACAUGUCCAGACACCUGUAUCCACCACCACCAUUGCUCUUCCCUGUCCCUCGGGCUGGGAAGCCCAAGUUGAACAAUAAAAGGUCUCUGCUCUA